CUCUGUACGAGGACAUCACUUUCCUCACACUACUGUGAUUACAGUCAUCACUUGGGCCAGUUAGGGAAUAAAAAACUACAAUGAAUGUUUCAAUUAAUUCCACCAACGAGUCUUGUCCUGGUCUCUCUGUGUGUGAAGAAGACACGCUCGCGCCCGGGAUUCCCUUCCUGCUGGACGCCUGGCUCGUGCCGCUGGUCUUCGCGCUCAUCAUGGUACUGGGACUGCUGGGAAACUCACUGGUUCUGUAUGUGAUCUCUAAACACAGGAAAAUGUGGACAGCGACUAAUAUUUAUAUAGCAAACCUGGCGAUGACGGACAUCACCUUUCUGGUGUGCUGCGUACCUUUCACUGCGGUGCUUUAUCCGUUACCCAGCUGGAUCUUUGGAAAUUUCAUGUGUAAAUUUGUCAGCUACAUCCAACAGGUAUCCGCACAGGCCACUUGUGUAACACUGACAGUGAUGAGUGUGGAUCGCUGGUAUGUCACCGUGUAUCCGCUGCGCUCCUUGCAGUGUCGGACACCGAGAGUUGCCACCAUGGUGAACCUGGGAAUCUGGAUAGGAUCUUUCUUGGUGUCUCUCCCGGUGCCCCUGUACACUAGGACUUUAGCUGGAGAAUGGUUUGGUCCACAGGUAUUCUGCACUGAGAUUUUUCCCACAACAACCCACAAGAAAGCCUUCAUCCUGUACAACUUCCUGGCUGUAUAUCUGCUCCCACUGGUGACUAUCUGUGUGUGUUACGUGGUCAUGUUGUACCAGAUGGGCCGGCCAGCUGUGGAGCCUGUUGAUAAUAAUUAUCAGCUCCAGGUUCAGACAGAGCGCAGUGCUGCUGUAAGAGCUAAAGUAUCCCGUAUGGUGCUGGUGAUCGUUCAGCUGUUCAUUCUGUGCUGGGGUCCCAUUCAGCUGUUCAUCCUGGCCCAGGCAUUUAGCCCACACUUCCGUCAGGACUACUACACAUACAAGGUGAAGAUAUGGGCCCACUGCAUGUCCUACAGCAACUCCUGCAUUAAUCCUAUAGUCUACGCCUUCAUGGGUGCCAACUUUCGCAAGGCCUUCAAGAAAGCUUGUCACUGCUGUUUCACACAACGGGUAAAUGUCGCCGAACAGCCGAACGCACACGGAAACACCGAGAUGCAUUAUGUGUCGUAGAGGAAAUGUCUUAUAGAGUAUAUCUCUUAUCUCUAUGUGGUGUGUGUGUUUGGAACCUUUGACCUAGUGCAGACAUUAUGCUAGUCUACAUGAGGGGAAGAAAACUGAAAUGAAAAGAUUUAAAGAGGCAAAUGGUGUAGGUUAAGGAUACAAUGUAUUUUUUUAGGUUCGAGUGUAGUAGCAAUAGGCCGUAUGUUAUGUGGCCAUUGAAGCUGUAUUUUCAUUAGACUUAGUUUAAAGUACAAAUACGUGCAAGUAAUUUAUAUACCAAGACGCUGCUUUGAAAACAGAUGGAUGUAUUGUACAGAAUGCGCCAUGGUGAAGGAGGAAG